UGUAGUUUGAGCCUCUUUUCGUGAGUGAGGAUCGAAUCAAUCACCGAGGUUACUCCUGGUGGGCGUCGUACAAGAUUAUGUUUGAAUAUAGCGUGAAAAGGUUCAAGAGAGCGAAGGAUGAGAGGACGCUGAAGGCUCUUAACCUAUGGCAUCGUACACAGCUUGAACAGGAGAGAAAGCGGUGCUUGGAGGAUGAGGACGGGGAUGAAGAUCAAGGAAUCGACUGUUCACAUAGUGAAUUCACAGAACAGAUAAAGGACAUUCCUCCAGAGGACACGUUUGAAACGUGGGUGCUGGAGAGAGAGAUCAACAUAUCGACGUUUAUCAACCAACAGCAACAGCACGAAGAGCCGCGACAUGGUGCACAGGGAGAUGAUGACGACAACGACGACGAAGCUGAUACAGAUUUUGGUUCUGACGAUGACACACUGGAGAAGGCUCGUGUAGAGUACGAAGGACUGCGUAACCUCACGAGAUCCAGUGAGCUUUCCAAUGCACGGACGCAGUUUAUGGUGAGAGUCCGAGGGCUCGAGGUUCUACCCGCAGUGUCUAUAACCAACAUGGAUAAACAGUCUGACCUAUUAUCCACGGAGACGUCGUAUUUGAAGAGACAUGCGGAGGUAUUGAAUAAGAUAAUGCACCUUUGUGUGCUCCGACAGGAUUGGCGCAGAGCGUAUAGAUGCUUUACACUUCUGAUUCGAUGCAACAACAUUGAUAUCCUCUCAAUAUGGCCCAUAGGUUUAGAAGUCAUCACAAGAGUUGCAGAGUUGGAGUACAUCGAAUCUGGGAACGAUGGGUCGGAAUACAACUUGAGGGUAUACGGUACUGACUCUUCUCCUUUGAAGAUUUUCAAAGAUGAACAGUUUCUUCUAUGGUUGUUGAACUUUUAUCCAGGAUCGAAGGUCCUUGACAAGCAUAGAGUAUUACACCUGGCCCUUCGUGGUGGUACAGCGGACACUGCACCUUACUUCGUGGUGACGUUGAUAUGGACCAUAAUCAUGAAGCGAAACUUCACCAUGGUGAACGACAAACUAUCAGAGAUGUUGUCGAAGAAACCUUUCAUCAGGGAUGGUGUUUUUUACUUUCUCCAAGGGCUUUCUUAUCAACUCGAGGCUUCGACUAUUGUAAAUAGCGAACCAGAUUCCAUUGACCAAGGGAAAGUGUUGAAGUUGGUGAACAGCUCACAAAAGUUCUUAGAAGAAGCAAAAACGCUUGGAGCCGAGUUCCCUGAGAAGCUUAUUCAAAACGAACUUGAUCUGAUAAAGUUACGGUUAAGUGAGUUGGACGAUAGUGAUUAAUACGUGGCUUCAUUACAAGCGGGAGUCAUUUACUAUAUUUGUUUCCUUUCAUAAAAUUCGUAGGCUAUUAAUCAAGAUAAUCAGAUGUUUCAUCUGAUUCUGCUUGUUUGCCUCUAGACCUUUGUCUUAAAGUACUUGAACCUUCGCCAACAUCAAUCUGUUCAAAUACGUC